AGUUGAGUAACUUCUUUUCACCACGUAAGGAAAAGAAAAGGUUGUAGAAAGUCUAUCGUAUUACAAGUCAAAGUCCAUCCACAACGUCUGACCGCAUGAUAUAACACCUCCCCAUCCCUCCCACGUACACACACGGAGACACACGCACAUCUAGGAAGGGAGGUGCUUGAGGGCAAUUAUUUUCGUAACAGAAACGUUUUCUGCGUCAAGCAACGCUCCUGUCUGAGGUUGCUGACGAUAAAAGAGCAAGCUGUGAUAACAAUAAACGUAGCACGGCAGCCAUCUUAAAAAGAGAAGGAGGAAGCGAUAGCACGAUACUAUCAACGUCUUUCAGGCUCCAUUUAUUCAUACGUAGCUGCCCUCUGCAUUUUCUUAUGUUUCUCUGCUGGCUUCUCGCAAGCGUUUCUCGAUUUAUUUCCCUCCGUUCUUUCGAAAUUAAAAUAGAUUUAUACAAUCAAAAUCACGUAACAGUAAACACUUCUAUACGUUUGUUUCUGAGCUCUUCUGCUUAGCAGGUGAUCACAAGCCGCCGGAUUGGUAGAGCACUUUUGUUUUGUAAUCGCGCGAUAAAGACGAGCGGAAACGAAAAGUCUUACCUUGGGUUCAGUUGCUCUAUCAGGAGGAAAACGGACCUUUUUCUUGUCUCUUGACAAACCACUCUCGGACUCCGUAAAGCGGCGAAAAGUAAAAUUCGGGAAUUCGGAAUCGCAUUUAACGCGUUUUUUUUUCCUCUUAAAGACAACAGUAAUCAUAUCUAAAGGAAAGGUGUGACAAGGGAGAGAGUGAUUCUACUGCGUGUCGUGUGCGCGACUCAUUUGAACAGGCAGUCUGUACAGUCGUUUGCACCCACGCAGGGAACCUAGCGGGGCGACACGCAGCUUGCGAAAUUUUACUAUUGCCAUUACUACUAUUAUUUUCUUGCUCCGCGGUAACGAUCACUUUUAUUUCGCUUAUUACAUUCGUUUAUUUUUAUCUUUGCUGCUUCAAUCCUUUCGGCCUCUUUGCUUGUGUCAGCGACAAUUCACUUUUUUGUUGAGAAACGUUUUUCUCUCGUUUGCGUGUGCUUUUUUGUCUUGCUGCGGUUUGCGAUAAAACUACCGCACCAAACAGGUUUUUUUUCCUCUUCUACGCCUUUCUAACUCUAUACUUCUUCACCCGUGUUCCAAUCUUCGGUGAGCGUAAGCAAUUGUUAUUUAUCUUGUGUUGUUCUAGUUCUGCUCUUCCUCUCGCUUUCAUCCUUUCCGCCCUCCUCUUCGCUUUUCCUCUCGCGUGCAGCCGUCCUCACAGUUUUUGGGGCCACGGCAACACGAACAACAAGAGGAAAGGAAAGGUAAAAGGGGAGCAAAACUGCAUUUCCUAAGCCAGCGGGAGACGUUCCUGCCUAACUGAAUAGUCGUUCGACAAGUUCCUGAAGCGUACGUCCAACGAAACCGUCGUUUACAGUCGGCCUUCAGUUUGAAGUGUCGCCAGCUCAUACUACGAAAAAAAAAACAAUAUUUGCGCUUUGCUCUCGGAUAGGUAAGGUAGCCGAUUUUUCCUUCAUAGUUUCUGCCAACAGCUUGUCUUCUACUAUUGUCGACGGACAACGUCAAGCCUUCUGUGCGGUUCUGUUUUUACUUCUGCGUGCAUCUCCACAUCGCGGAGUACAUCGUCGACGCUCCCUUAAGCCGAUGGAGUCUGGGAAAGUGAUAGGUGACAAGGUGCAGUAUCGUCUCGAUGGCUCGCUGGCAGUCGGGGCUUUCAGCACGGUCUACCGAUGCACCGAGCUGUCGUCGGGCCGCUCGUACGCCAUGAAGAUCGUCGACAAAAAUGUGGCGUCGGACAAUCACAUGAAGGAAGCCCUCAUUCGUGAGGUAAACGCGUUGGAAGUUGUUGGAAGCUCCCCGUAUGUAACAAAGCUGGUCGACAAGAUGGUUUCUAGGCACAACUAUUAUCUCGUGAUGGAGCUGGCAGGGGGUGGCACGCUGCUGGACCUGAUUCGGGAGCAGCGACAGGAACUGAAGGUGCGGCAGGCUUCGCUCUCUAUCGGCCGUGACAUGUCCGAUUCGCUGCGCUCUGCUGUGCCGACUGUCAUGCAGUACGACCGAGUGCAGCACUUCUUCAAGCAGCUUCUGCUGGCCCUGUCCGCGCUGCACGACCGCGACGUGGUACACCGAGACGUGAAACCGGAGAACAUUCUGCUUAACAAGCGCCGCACGCGACUUGUGCUGUCCGACUUCGGCUUUGCGUGCCACGCGCCGCCGGGAGCCGAGCUGCACCGCGCCUGUGGCACCCUGCGGUACUGCGCACCGGAGCUGCUGCGUGAGAACCCGCGCUACGACGGACGAAAGGUGGAUGUGUGGGCCGCCGGUGUGACCCUGUACGUGAUGUUAUUCGGCGGGCAUCCCUUCCGCUGCGCCAACCAGGACCCCGACAACCUGUUGGAGGUGAUCACCACCACUCGCUUCCGUAUUCCCCGCCCCAUCCCGGCGGAGGUGGAAGACAUGCUACACCACAUGCUGUGCGUGGACCCGGUGGCACGAUGGUCGGUGAGGCAGCUCUUGCAGCACCCCUGGAUGGCUGCCCUCCGCGUUGAUCUGCGGUCGACGUCGGUGCGCUCCGCGUCCGCCUCCACACACAACUUUGCCGUGACGGCGCCGGCGCAGUACCCUCUUCACGACUCCUCCGACGCGAUCGCGCAGUCGCUGUCGGAGGACUGCCCGCCCAUUGACGCGAUCCCGUCCGACGAAGAAAUCGUCGAUGACGGCUUUUAUCAGAGCAGCAGUGCGAACAGCACCCCAAUGCAAAGUGGCGACAACGUGGAGGGGGUAAAUCUGAAGCCGGGCGAAGACGUCGCGGCACGCACUGCGGCUUCUCUUCUCGUCUCUCCCACUGCGAGCUCUGCAGAGCGGGCCCCGCCGAGGUGCGAGUUGCUUCGGCAAGGGUCGGUGUCCACCUCUAUGGUCUCUAUUGACAGCUCCGCCGACGGCGACGACGAGCGUCGAGGGGACGGUCAUCACGGUGAUGCGGAUGGCACGGCACACGUGCACGGCGUGGCCCGCGAUGUCAACGCUGCUCUCACGGAGGGGGCACGACGGUCCUCGUCGGAUGCGGGCAGCAGCGUGUCUACGAACAACACUCUACGCGACGACGAUCAGUUGAGUUACUGGUGGAUGCGCUACGUCUACGGUUUGUUUCUCACCACCCGCAUCGUGGCUCGCUUCGUUGGCUUCUUUGCGCUGUGCGUAGUGGCUGUCGCGGUGCGGGUCGUUUUGAGACGCGACCUCGUCGAUCUUCCCCUCCCGGAGGUGGUGCGCAAUUACGUGGCCUUUCUGCUGUCCACCCCGCUGCGUCGCUCCCACCUGACGCAGCACGGGCAGCAACAACGGCACGUCUCUCAGCGGCCACUGGCUCCUCACUCACACAUCAUGACGGGUGCCACCCCUCUCUCUUCCACAUCCCCCGCAAGCCACCCCCGGCACGGGCGGGAACACGAGACUUGCAGGAAGGCCGACACGCACCCCAGUGGAAACACAGGCAUGCCAUCGAUCCCCGGCUCCGGUCUGCGCCAUUACGUGCGUGCGGUGGACCAGCUCAUGCGCGACUCCUUUGUGGGCAAUGCCGUGUUGGAGCACAACGCCUCACUGGCAGACCUUCAAGCACCACUCGCGCUACUCGGAAGGGAGCUGUCAGACGGCUCCUUCACCUCCUCCCCAGCGGCGCCGAGUCUCGCGACGAUCGCGCCAUCACCACCGUCCAGCGCGCAGCCGGCCAUGACGGCCGAGGCGAGGGCGUGGUCUGCGGCGCCGUCCACGGACGCCCCCCGCGACGGAGAAGCGGACCGCAUUGCGGCGGACCGCAGCAACGUUGACGGUUCCCGACGCGGGUCGCUGUGCAACGCGACGGGGCAGCCGACGGAGGAGGCGAGCGCUACGAAGGUACAGGAGGACACCACGGUGACACAGACGGAGGAUACGGCAGUUGUGCUCACGAACACCUCGCCGUUGGUGUCGUUGGUGGCCACCGCAUCCUCGCCAAACCUGGAAGAUGCACAGUCAGAGACGGCAGAAGGGCGGGCGUCUGAGUUUUCGAAGAAUGACGGAAAGCACUAUGCCUCGCAAGCCCGUGCCACUGACACCACCGAGAGCGGCGAUAGUAUAGAGGAGAGGUCCGCUGAUUUAGCUGGCCAUCCGUGCAUGUUCUCGCCCAUCACGCCUCUGCCGCGGACCUUUCCUGACCACCGGCGGCAUUCAGAGGGACUUCCCUGUUGUGGACAGCGAGACUGCCACGAAGUAACAAGUCGCAAAUGCACUGUUGUGCUGAAGGAGCAUUAA